AUGACGUCGGUGAUGGAAAAUAGUCUACCGACACCACCAGCCGAAAGGACUGUGUCGUUCGUGCUGCGAGGCAUCCAGGACACGGCAUUUGAAGACAGGCCUGUGCGUCCGCUACAUGAUGGCGAAGUGCGUGUCAACGUACGACAGACGGGGCUGUGCGGCUCGGAUUGCCACUAUCGCUCACACGGUCGGAUUGGUGAGUUUGUAUUAACGAGUCCUAUGGUCCUGGGACAUGAGUCUGCCGGGAUCGUCACAGAGGUGGGGCCUGGCGUCAAGUCGCACGCCGUGGGUGACCGUGUCGCACUGGAGCCUGGCGUGCCGUGUCUGUCGUGUGGAUUGUGCCUCGAAGGCAAAUACAACCAAUGCCGCAAGCUCGUGUUUGCUGCAACACCACCCUACGAUGGAACGCUUGCGACGUACUACAACAUCCAUGCAUCGUUUGCGCACAACGUCCCGGACACCAUGUCGCUCGAAGAGGCAUCGCUCAUGGAGCCUCUCAGUGUCGCUGUGCAUGCAGUAGUGACGCGUGCCGGCGUGCGUGCACUGCAGAAUGUGUUGGUGCUGGGCGCUGGACCCAUUGGCCUGUUGUGUGGUGCCGUGGCGCGUGCAUACGGCGCACGACGCGUGGUCAUGUCGGAUCUCGUGGACGAGAAGCUCGUCUUUGCACGCGAAUUCUGUGCAACGUCCACAUUCAAGCCCAACUCUCCGCAGGUUGGCGAGUCGGAAGGCGACCUGGCAGCACGGACAGCCUGUGCACUGAAGGAAGAACUGGGUGAUGAUGUGCUGCGCAACGAUGGCUUUGAGCUCGUGAUAGAUGCUACAGGCGCUCAGUCAUGCAUCAUGCUCGGUGUUUGGGCAGCCAAACCACAGGGUCGCGUCGUUGCUGUCGGUAUGGGCCGCCCUGAUGUGCUGGUGCCACUUACCCGCCUGUGCCGUGCAGGAGGUGGAGCUUUUGGGAUCGUUCCGCUACAGUAG